AUGGCCGCAGCGGGGACCAAGGACUCUCUGGAGAGGGACUGCGAGGCCAUGACCAUGCAGCAGGCCCCCGCGGCCCUGAAACGGGGCUGCCCCCCGGCCCUCUACAUUCACAGCAUGCCCGCCUGGGUGCUGGAGGACUUCUGCCAGAAGAUGGACUGCCUGAGCGACUACGACUGGAUGCGCUUCGCCUCCUAUGUGAUAACUGACCAGACGGAGCUGCGCAAGAUCAAGUGCAUGGAGAAGACAGGGAUCAGUGUCACCAGAGAGCUGAUGUGGUGGUGGGGAGUGAGGCUGGCCACGGUGCAGCAGCUGCUGGACCUGCUGCAGGGGCUGCAGCUCUACCGAGCGGCAAAGGUCAUUCUGGACUGGACAUCAGCCUCCAACAGUAGCAGCUCUGAAAAGGAGGAGCUGGUGCAGCCCCACAAACAGGAACACAUAUCUUUACCCCCCCCAGAAAUCAAAAAGAGAGAGAGAGAAAAUGAGUUCAGUCUGUUGCCUUCAGCAGGCUCUUCCCAUCUGGGAGCAGCAGCAGCAGCUGUUUCAGGUGCUGUUGCUGAAGGAGUCUUCUCUUCACUCCCUGGUCCACCACCUCCCCCAAGAGACCUUUUGAAUUCCUUGCAAUCAAACCCUCCUGUCUCAUCCAGUGUGAAGCCUUGCAGCUCCUCCAGCCCUCAGCAGGAGACCAUGGCUGACCUGCCCAGCGGGAGCCUGCUCUGGACACAGCAGGAAGUUACAAGUGCCACCAACAGCUUCAGUGACAAGAGCAGAAUUGGGGAGGGGACUUUUGCAGAUGUCUACAAGGGUCAGAGGAACAAGGUGGUGUAUGCCAUCAAACGACUCAAAGAGGCAAAAUGCACUAGCCCAAGUGCCACCCAAAGGUUCUUUCACACAGAAGUGCAGAUCUGCUUUCGGUGUUGUCAUGUCAACAUUCUGCAGCUGCUGGGUUUCUCCAUAGAAACUGGACUGCACUGCCUGAUCUAUCCUUACCUGCCCAAUGGAUCCCUGCACAGCAAGCUCCACUCUCAAGACAGCUGCGUGGCGCUGCCCUGGGAGGUGAGAGUCAGCAUUGCAGCAGGGCUUCUCCAGGCUGUGCAGUACCUCCACAGCUCAGGAAUCCUGCAUGGCAACAUCAAGAGCUCAAAUGUCUUGCUGGAUGAAAACCUGACUCCAAAGCUUGGCCACUCAGGCCUGAGGUUGCUUUCUGCUGAUAAAAAGUCAGAAUAUGCCAUGAUGAAAACCAAAGUGCUGCAGGCUUCUCUAACCUAUCUGCCAGAGGACCUGGUCAGGCAUGGGCAGCUGGCAGCCAGGGUGGAUGUGUUCAGCUGUGCUGUGGUCUUGGCAGAGAUCCUGACAGGGAUGAAGGCCCUGGAUGAAGGGAGGCAGCCUGCUUACCUGAAGGACCUAAUUGCUGAUGAAAUGCAGCUGGCAAGAGAAAGCUCCUGCUCUAAAGGAAUACCUGUUGAGAAGCUGGCUGCCAAAGAAAUCUGCUGUAAAUACCUGGACAUGAGAGCAGGACCCUUGCUGGAAGAGACUGCUGUGGACUUUGCCUCAGCCAUCUGCCUCUGCCUGAGAAAGAAGAAUCCCAGCAUAGCAGAGGCCCUUGGCAUGGUGGGCACAGCCGAGAGCAGGCUCAGAGAGCACUGCCUCUGGGGGGGCAGCACCUCUGGGCUCUCCAUCAACACCCCAGAAGAAACUGAUGACGAGACAAGCAGCGUGAGCAGGGAGGUGCCCUCUCCGGGGGGCAGUGAGAGCAGCAGGCAGCCCCUGGUGCUGAGCAGUGCCCCCCUGUGCCCACCUCUGCUGGCAGCUGUGUGCCCUGACACCUGCUGCGAGCCGGUGUCCAGGGUGCCCUGCGAGUCAGACGAGUCCAGCAGCUUCACCUGGGGCCCUUCAGACACAUCUGCAGAGGAGCUACCCAGCAACAGCUGUGACACCUCAGCACAGGCAGCAGCCUCUGCCCUCGGGCAGCACAGAGCCGCAGCUGGGCUGCAGCAGAGGAGUGCAGCCUGCAGCAGCCAGGAGCCCACAGUGCUCUGCAGCCUUCCUCCCCACAGCGCAGAGCUGCAGCCUCCCUGUGCGCAAGCAUUACCCAGAGAGACAUCUUGGAAAAUAAAGAUUAAUGACCAAAAGAGGAAGCUCAUGGAAAACAUUUUGCUGUAUGAAGAAGACAAAUUGAACAGUUCUGAACUGUUUGACUCCUAA